AUGGAAGACGUAAUGUUAGGAAAUACUGGAGUGAAGAUAGAGAAGGGAGUGAUCGCCGAAAUUCCUGUCUAUGCCAUACAUCACGACCCCGACCACUAUCCGGAUCCAUUUACCUUCAUCCCGGAUAGGUUUAUGCCCGAAAAUAGAGGUCAUAUCAAAGCCUACACUUACCUGCCUUUCGGAUCGGGUCCACGAAAUUGCAUUGGAAUGCGAUUCGCGUUAUUGGAGGCAAAGCUCGCGUUAGCGAAGAUCUCACAAAAGUUCCGCUUCUCCAGAGUCACCGACACUGACGUCCCCGUAGUCUUCAAUAAGGGUCGGGCUCUCUGUCAGGCAAAACGACUUGUGGUCGGCAUUCAGAAACGAUAA